AUGGCGCAAACCAAAGAAAAGGAUGAGAACCCUUUUGGAGAUACCGUUGAUGUGGCCGCCUUUGGACAAAUACUUGAAAUGGACGAGCCGGAGAAUGACGAGUUCAGCUCCUCCAUUGUAUUCGGGUUCUUCUCACAGGCCGAGGACACUUUUACCGAAAUGGAUGCCGCCCUGAUCGCCGAAGACAUGACGAAACUCUCGGAACUUGGCCAUUUCCUGAAAGGGUCGUCAGCCACCCUGGGUCUAGUCAAAGUACGGGACGGUUGUGAAAAGAUCCAGCGUUAUGGCAAAAACGAAAAUUUGGACGGCAGCGAAGAACCCGACGUGGACAAGUGCCUAAAGCUCAUAGCAAAGGUUUUGGCAGAGGUAAAAGCGGAUUACAAGGAUGUUGAGAAGAGGCUCAGGGCGUACUACGACAAGGGUAAUGACGACGAUGCUUAG